GGAAUGUAAAUUUUUAGUAUUGUCCAAUUGAGCAUCGGUAGCACACUUACAGCACUAACGCGGAGCAAACUUAAUUCAAAUCGUAAUCAAUCAACGCUAUAAUGCAGAUAACCCAUUACAUAUACUUGCUGUGCUUCGCAUAUUGUAUUCUUCAUAAUCUGAGUAUUUGCCAAGUAAUUGCGACAACGAUUAGCGAUGCUAAGCCGCCUAAAUAUCCUUUCACGAAAGUUGGCAACAAAUAUUAUCUUAUAAAUACUGCCGAAACUAUGAAUUGGUUUGAUGCUGCACAUUUUUGUCGCACCUAUGACAGUGAUUUGAUCACCAUCGAAUCGCCGAGUGAAAUGGAAGCUCUGGCAGCACAUUUGACCACAAUUAAAGAAAAGAACAAGCGCUUUUGGACGGGCGUUAAUGACUUGGCAGCGGAGGGUAAAUUUGUGUCACUGACCAAUGGACGUCGCAUAAUCUAUAAACGGUGGCUUGCGGGCGAACCGAAUGACGGACUCGAAAAUGAAGAUUGUGUAGAAAUCGCACAGAAAGACUCCGAAUUGUAUAUGAACGAUUAUGCGUGUGCGGGAAAGUGGUAUGUAAUUUGUGAAAUGCGCCAUCCACCGAAAGCCGAAGUAGAAUGUGACACAAUACCAACAAAGUGUAUAUUUCCGAAACUAAUGGAAGCCUAUCGACAGUCGACGGAUAUCUUCAACUGUAGGCAGUAAUAUUGUUUAUGCUUUUAAUAAAAAUAUAUAUUUCUAA